AAAAAAUCAAAUCGCAUGUAUUUCGACGCGUGUUUCCCCUGCGAUUUUUUAUUCUCUGGGCUCCGCUCGCACGUGUAUAUUAUGCGCCAAGGGGCGUAACUCCACCUCCAAUUUCAGUAAUUAGUUUUGCUGAUGAUGGCUGGCCAACAACAGCGCAAACUACUGGGACUGGAAAAAAAUUAUUUCACGCGUCGAUAUCGGCACUGUUAUCAGAAGCUACCGCUGUGCGGAGCUCCGCGCGUUGAACAUGGCCGAUAUGCUGUGAUACAGUGUGUAUGUGUUGGGGCGUCUAAAUUUGAAGUGGUGACUCGGGGAGAAUCAUUGGUAAACGUACUGUUGGACUGUGAUCAUGGCGCCGUUCAAGUUUCAUUUUUCAAAAAUGUCAAAAUCUCGGAGUAAGGACAGUAGGAACAGCACCGAGAGCGAGGAGCCCACGUGUCCUAGCCAGACGACUUCGCGAAGUACACCUGAUACCCCGGCGAUUGAAAAUAUCGGAGGUAUCCCUGAGGAUGCGGACCCCUGUCGCAGUUCACCUCCACCAUCGUACGAAUAUGUUCUCGAAGAGACACGAAUGGGUCAGACCGCGAGUGCUGAGGCAGAGCAGGUGGAGUCCGCAAGUGAUACAGAAGCGGAUCGGGGAGACGCGCUGAGAGGUGCUAAUAUUCAAAAUAUCAUGGAAAUCUCUCACCCGGAAAUGCACAAGUCGAGCAAGGAAUUAUACAGGGCUGUUGCUAAACAAUGGGGAAUAACUUGUAAAAUGAGUGAUCAUUGCCGGUGCUUCGACUGCCAGAGCCAUUACUUUGACUGUGAAUACGAGAAAGAUGAGCAAGCAAAGACUGAUGGUGGCUUGAGUGCUGGCACCCCGAUGUUUCUCGCUGAAGUGAUGCACGGAACCGCCUGUGUGCUACUGUAAAUACGAAUUACUUGGCUUUAACGGAUAUUGGCGGGGGAUAUUUUGAAAAAUCUGAAUAGUUUUCCACAAUUACUCAAUGUAUGAAAGUACAAGGGUCGUUGACAUUUACAGAGAACCCUUUAACAUCCUUAUAAUUACUCGAAUAUACACCGUAGGUGGUACUAUUUUUUCACCUUGACACAGUAAUAAUUGUCGAUAAAUUUACACAAUUUUUUUUCCUCGUUGAACUGAGAAAUUUACCACCGAAGACGCAGAAUGUCUAACAUCCCAAUUUUGAACUAUUUUUGAGUGCCUCUUGAUGGACGAGGAGGAGAGAGGGACAAAUACUCAUUUGAAAUUAAAAAAAUCAAAACUAAUGGAGGAUUUUUUAUACCUAAUACUCGUAAAGACUAUUCAGUGUUGCCUGUAUCCACAAAAUACGUCACAGCACAAAAUACUGUAGUAGUUGGGCAGAUUAUUCCAGGGCCUGUACGCUGAGGGAAAAAAUGUCCGAAAAUUAGAACUUCUAUGAUUGAUACACCAAUACCAAGUCAUCAAUCAUAAAAUUUCUAUUUGCUAUUUUUUUCUCAAUGUAUCAGGCGAAGACUAGUUUUGAAUUUGUACCGACUGAAUCAAUUAUCUUCACAGCCGAUUUUUUUACGUGAAACUUUAUACUGAUUGAAUGAAGGUAUUAUUCAAAGUUAUAAACUGAUAGCGAUAAUUUAUUAUUAGAACGACUCUUCGCUGACAGAAAAUAUCCACAUUAUUUGCAGAAUUUACUCCUUUGAUCGUUGAAUUCCGAUCGAUAAAUGUCUAUAAUAAAAUUGAAUGUAUUAUUUAUCGCAAGAGGAUAUUAAUUCCCAUAAGUAGACGUACUUAUGUUGUGCAAAUGGUAUUUUAUGCUCAGCCCAAUUCCCGUACAAGACACCAAAGGAUCUAAUUUGGAUUUGAAGGGUUUUUUUAAACCCUUGUCUCUUGUACGGGCCUGAACUGUAGAUCUAAAGAUAUUGACUCAAUUUUCCACCCUAAUUGUCAAUAGACUUCUGAAGGGUUUGAAGAAAAGAGCGCGAAAUAAAAAUGUGAUAAUUCAUAAAUAGUGAUACCAAGAUGACGAAAGUAGCCAUUGAUUUGUUUUACUGGUGUUGAUACCACUAUUGAUGACAGGUGCAACGUGGAUUGUGGAGACACGAGGAAUUGUUAGACUGAUGUAGAUAGGGAUAUCGUAAUUUUUCCAUGCAACCAGAGGCUCCUAUUCUUGGAAGUGAUCAAAUCCCAUUUGUGAUUACGUAAUUGUAAAAAUAUUGUGUAUUAUAGUGUUCAAUAAUGAAAAUUCUCGAUGAAGUGUGAAUAGGUGGGUCAUUCAAUGGGAUCCACUCAGGAAUGGCCCGUCAAUACGACCCGGCCUCACCAGGAAAGUUUCAAAAAUUGAAUGUCUGUAUUUUAUGUCAAUAAAAAUAAUUCCUGUUUUUGCUGGAAGUUCAGCUACUAGGAGAAUAAA